AGCAAUAUUCGUUCUUGACAAGUUAUAUAAAUUUAUUUUUCCAAUGAAACGAAACUCGAUCUCGUACCUAUGUUUACUUCUAUAAGAACUUAAUUCUGCUUCUUCAAAUACAUAAUUAUAAAUAUUGUUUGCUUCAGUAAGGUAGAAAACAGUUAAAAGACCAGUUGUACAAAAUAUUCUUCUUAAAAUUAAUCAUUAUCAAUAUACCCUGGUAAACUCACUUUGUAAAAAAGUUUUGUAAUUAGGUUAUGUAUGGUAGACCAACCCUCACUCACACAUUUUUUAAAUUUGCCACCUUUUUCUAUUGACGGAAAUGGCUUGCCAAACUACGUUUUAGUUUUACGCAUGAAACUUCUUUUACAAUAUGGCUUCCAUCAAAUCUAUGAAGAUUUUGCCAAUGUCAAGUGUAACAACGACACAACUAACUAUGAAUAUUAAAAUAUCUAUAUAACAAAACAAUGUUUUUGUAAAUAAAUAAUCGUUAGUUUUAUAUCUAAACAGAAAGCGCCACGUAGAACGGAACGUUUUAUUUUUGACACUGACAGUGCCAGUUCGUCAGACUCAGUGAAGGCUACGACGACUUGCAGUGUCUCAAAUACAAUAAACAAUGGCUUUCUAUUGUUGCGGCAGAUUGGGCGCUAGGUCUGUGCUCGGUAACAUCAGCAGGCUGCCUAAUUUGCUGGGGACCGCUCAGUAUGCCCAGGCGGCGGGAGUGCCUAAGAUUACUUUUAAAAAGUUUGAGCCGGAGAAGAUUGAACACCAUGAUAUUAGGAAUGAGCGUCUGCACCGCCCAAUGUCGCCGCAUCUCACAAUCUAUGCUCCUCAGCUGACCAGCAUGUUGUCUAUUACCCAUAGAAUUGCGGGUAUGAUGCUGUCUGGGUACGCUACAGUAUUAGGUGUGGGAGCGUUAGCCCUUCCUAAUGAUGUUUCCCACUAUGUUACCAUGAUCGAAGGCCUCAACCUAUCCCCGGCUACUAUUUUCCUAGCAAAGUUUAUCCUUGCUGCACCUUUCGGAUACCACUUUGCCAACGGAUUAAGGCAUCUAUACUGGGACACUGCGAAGGGCCUGACUAUUAAGGAAGUCUACACAACCGGCUAUGCUAUGUUGGCUACAGCAACGGCUAUCACUGUUCUCCUAGCUUGUCUAUAAAUAUACAUUCUCAUUAGAGUAAAACAUCAUUACAUUUUGGUAUUAUUUAUUUAUUUUCCAUGUAAGAAAAUGCAAUAAAAUUAUUAAAAUCAGA